AUGAACUUUUGUGCGCGCCACUCUGCAGCUCAGCACACUGCUUCCGUCCCAACUUGGCUCAGCUUCUGGCUGUGCGCCUGCUGCCACAUCAGGCGACACUUCACACUCGGCUGCUGACCGAUUAGGUGCACCUCCAGGGGCUAUCCGGUGUGUGAGAGUGGGAUAACGCGAGACCCUCUGAAUGUUGCCGAACACCUACAAGGACACUGCGACUGUCUUCUUUUCUCCACUCGUAUCCUCCGCCAGCCUCGCGUCGCUCAUCAAGAAGGAGAAAGCGAAGGAUGAGCUCCUCUUUUCCCAAAAGCGAGUCGACCACCUCUCUGCUGCGGCCGUCGGGGUUCAGCCGCAGGCUUGCGCACCCUGAUCCCGCCGCUGCUCACCGGAUCCACCACCGCGCUCACCAUCAUCGGAAUCACCACCCUUCCAGAGCUGGAAGCAGCGAGGAUGCGCCCUGGUCGGAUGACUCGGAGGCAAGUGCGCGGAGACCUCUCUGCCAGCCGCGACACGCUGAGUCUCGGCAUUUAGUUGAGCAUCACCGGGUGCAAAGCAGUCACUGUCCCCGACAACAGAGCCCGCUGGAGGAUGAUUACCCUCAGGAGGAUGCGAGGCACAGGGCGAGCCGGCUUCACCAGAAAGAGCGCAGCAAGUCCUCCAGAUCCAAACCUCACCACCCUCAUCAUCACCACGACUCGCCUCCCGCAGAGCACCGCGUCCAGCAGGGCGACUCCCGGCAGGACAGGAGGACCUCGCCGACUCCUCAGCCGAAACACUCCGACGAAGCGGAUUUCUUCUUCGAGCAGAGCGAGAGAGUCGUGUCCGGGUCCACUUCCACUCUCAGCUCGGACGCACCUGCGGCCAGUGCACCUGUCCGGCCCGCAUCCAGCCGCAGAGGGAAAAGACUGGGCUCGGCGUCAGAGAGCGACUCCAAUCUGCAUCCCAUAGUGAAGUCAGUAUUCGGGCAGGACAAGAAGAAGAACUACAAAGCAGUGCAAUCCAGUGAGGAAGGGGGAUCUGGGGGGGGCUAUCUUGAGCCACUAGUAGCCCUGGCCCAGAACGGAGCCAACAUGCACAACGUGCUCGGGCCUGCAUGCAUCUUUCUGCGCAAGGGCUUCGCUGAGAGCCGGGUGGCUGACCGAGAGCUGAGACCAGAAGAGCUGGAUGAGUUGCGUGAAGCAUUCAAGGAGUUUGACAAAGACAAAGAUGGAUUUAUUGGCUGCAAAGACCUGGGGAACUGCAUGAGGACUAUGGGAUACAUGCCAACCGAGAUGGAGCUGAUAGAACUGAGCCAGCAGAUCAACAUGAACCUGGGAGGACAUGUUGACUUCGAGGACUUUGUUGAACUUAUGGGGCCCAAACUUCUGGCAGAAACAGCAGACAUGAUUGGAGUCAAAGAGCUGAGAGAUGCUUUUAAGGAGUUCGACACUAAUGGAGAUGGCCAGAUCAGCACAGCAGAACUCAGAGAAGCAAUGAAAAAACUAUUAGGACAGCAGGUGGGACACAGAGAUCUGGAGGAAAUUCUACGCGACAUUGAUCUAAAUGGAGAUGGACAUGUGGACUUUGAAGAAUUUGUUCGAAUGAUGUCUCGAUGAGUUCCUGCCAUAGAGCCGCAACGUUUUAUUGGGCCUGGAGGAGCACGGAGCAAGUCUGGCGAAGACAACCGACAGGUCUCCAACUUUUCUGAACUGUGAAGACGGCAAAAACAUAUCAACCUUGCCCCGAAACUGCCUCGCUGAAGCACAUCGGCUGACGAGUGCAGCCGGGAGCAUCACUGUUAAUAACACACUGCUGCUGUUGUUCCUUCGAGCAUAAACAAAACCAAUGGCUGCACUCGUGACUUUUGCAGAGCACAUUUUUAAAACAUGUUUUCCUUUUACGGAUUACAACAUUUCUAUAUGUUUACUGACCCACUGGGUAAAGGCAGAUGUGAUGUUUGAAGUAUUUUCCUCAAACACCUGAUCACCCUCUUAUCACUGAUGGUAGCAAUUAAGAUUAAUUAUGUUUAAUACAGCUGUCCGAAGCAAACAACACAAAGUUCAGUGCAAUCUAUUUUAAUGCGGAGGUUAUAUUAAGCACAAAUACAAACAAGCAAUAUAGAAACAAUUCAUGUCAACUAGUCAUGUCAGUGUGCGUUUUGUGAAUAUUGCUCUUUUUACCAUUAUGUACUGUUGAUGUUUAAUGUCGAUGCAGACCACAGACAAAUUGGCUUUAGACAAACCAAUACUUGUUGGGUAAAUGUGUAAAUGUAGCACAGAUUUUUCUGUGACAUAAACGUGCUAUUUUCAGUGUGCAUAAGACACUCGUUUAGCUGCAAGCACCUGUAAGAAAAAAACAUCAUUAGUAGCAUACAAUGACUUUUUUCAUGUUUUAUUAAUUCUCAUUAUUACUUGCAUGAAUAACAACACUGGAGUAUGUGAUCAGAGCAUUAAUCUGUGAUUGAGGGAUUCAAUUAACAGAUUAGUUUAUAACAGAUGGUUUUAGAUGUUUUGAAUGUGUAUUCUUUUUUAUUUAUUUUUAUUUAUUUUUUUAUUUAAGUUUUCUUAUUUUGAAAAUUAAACAUUUUCCUUUUAGUGCAGCUGUGGUCAGCAAUAAAUAACUCAAAGUGAACUAAACCAUAAAUGUCCUCCAUUCACUUCCCUAAACAUAUUCCAGUCUCUAAAACUUGUGGCAUUACUUUAUUAUCAGUAAGUGUAAGGAAGCAGGGUGAGCUUCUUUAUGCAUAAAAGCCAAAGAACGUUUAGUGGUCUGAUUUAGCUUAAUAAGUGACACUGGGACAGCAUUGACUGUUCAAGACUGGACACUAGAGAAUAUGCAUGCUUUAAGCUAUACUUUGAAAAGGGAAAUCCAAUUUUGUGGUUUUAUGUGUCUUAACUGUAUGAAACUAUGCAUGACAGAAAACUACUGCAAUUUGUAGCAGAAUAUUUAAAAAUAAAGAUAUUUAUUUCAA